AUGGCUGAAGCUUGCGAAGAGAAGAAAAAGUUUCUCGCGACUUCUAUUGACAAGAAGGACUAUAGUAGGACCUUGCUGGUCGAUGAUGGCAGUACUGAGGGAGCUCGAUCUGUUGCUUCCUUCAGAUUAACUCCUCGUCGAGAUCGUCGCGACUCACGUUCUCCUCGGAGGGAUCGAUCUCCUCGCCGUGAUUCACCUCGUCCUUCCCGGGAUGAUUUUAGUAACGAGCCAAUUAAGAACUUGGUUCGCCGAAAGAGAGACAGGUCCUCUCGUAGUGAUCUUUCCCCGCAGAGGGAAAAGUCAAGGACCCGGACUGACCGCUCACCUCGGUCAUCCCCUCCUUCUGAACCAAUGGGUCCUCCACGACCGGUUGACAUGUCUUCCUCUUCCCAGCCUGAUAGUGGAAAGACCGCCCGGAGCGCGCUCAAAGCGAAUUUAACGACAUGA